GUUGAUUUUUUUUGUUGCAUGAGAGAGAAACAAAGAAAGAAAGACACAUAUGGAAAGAGAAAGUUAAUGUAGAGAGAGAGAGAAAGAGAGAAGAUUUAUCAUCUUCUACUCCUCUUCCUCCUCACCUCAUCUCAAUAAGAGACGGUUUCUCUGAAGACAGAUUUCACAUAUACUGAUCCUUCCUCCCUUCUCUCUCUCUCUCUCUCUUGUUUUUCUUUCUCUCUCUAGAGAUCUCUCUCAUCGGCCAUGCGGAGAGUCAGAGCAACCGCGGCGGCCAAGGCCGCCCCGACGACGGCGGCGAAACCAGCUAUGACUGCCGGAGUACCCAACGGAUCUGGAUCGAGAAGCCCAGCGAAGGAGAUUAGGGUUCGCGGUGUGAGAAAGAGACCCUGGGAGAAGGCUAGGGUUUGGCUCGGGACCUUCGAUUCCGCCGAGGACGCGGCACGCGCUUACGACGCCGCUGCUCGGAGCCUCCGUGGAGCCAAGGCCAAGACCAAUUUCCCUAUCGCCUCACUGUCUCUCGCUCCGAUGAUUCCGUAUCAGGAAAUCAACAAUCCGUUGAUCGAUCAAAGAUUGUACCCUCCGCACCACCAGAUUAUCCCCCAGAGGCCUACCUCAAGCAGCUUGAGUAGCACCGUCGAGUCUUCCUGUGGCCCCAAGCCGCCGCAGACGGCCGUUCUUCCGCCGUCUUCUUCCCGGCGGUACCCCCGGACGCCGCC